AUUUUUGGCGAGACAACCGAUUAAAUAAUGCAGUUUUCUGCGUAUUAAAUGCCAAAUAUUGCUUUUGCAACGAAACAAAUCGUAACUCCGAGCCGUAAAAAGUGUAUUGGACCAAACAAAACCCGGAAACGGAAGAGCGAAUAAGCCAAAAACGAGAGAGACGAGUCAAGGAAAACAAAGUAAAGUGCCAAAACAGCAAGAGAAUCGAGAACCGAGUUCGUCAAGAGGCGAGCCGAGCCGUAACCUUCUAGAGAGACUGCGACAACGGCAAUAACUGCACUACAAAAUGGGUAAUGCGGGCAGCUCCACCGUCCAUAUGCGAGAGCGCCACAAAUCCACCGACCUCUCAACGCCAAGUUCUCCCGCACAUUUUCGUGACUCGGUUUCAAGCGCGGCUGGGGGUGGUGGGGCGGCUGGGACACAUGGCGGGAGUGCAGCUUUGGCUGGAACUGGAGCGGGAGGCCAAGCUUUCUCGUUCGACAAAAAACAUACAGCAGUCUUGAACGAAGGCUCAUCGCAAGACGACGACGACCCGUAUUAUACGGGCGCGGGGGCGGCAGCAGCAGCAGCAGCAAAACACACAGCUGAUAGCAGCGAAGCAACAGCUGUUCUACGCAGCGGCAGUGGAGAGAAAUUAAUCAUGGAUAACACCGAAGAAGAGCAGCAGACCGCUGGAUCACUGCUGGACCCAAUUGCUGGGAUUGGCGAUGACGACGACGAGCCACCGAAAACGGCCCUGCCCACAGUACUUCGCUGGGAUGGCGGCGGCAAGAAUGUGACCAUCUCGGGCACCUUCUCCAACUGGCGGCCCAUCACAAUGGUCCGCAGCCAUGGCAAUUUUGUGACCAUAAUCGAUCUGCCCGAGGGCGACCACCAGUACAAAUUUUGUGUGGACGGCGAAUGGAAGCACGAUCCAAAGCUGAAAAGCGUGGACAACGAUGAGGGAGAGAAGAACAAUUUGGUGUCUGUGCGGCCAUCCGAUUUCGAGGUAUUUCAAGCUCUGGCCAAAGACAGCGAGAACGUGACCAACUAUGCGGAGAAGGAGUACUCGCAGGAGGUGCCGCAGGCCAAGCCCUGGGAGAAGGUGUCCGGCCCUCCAGUGCUACCGCCCCACUUGCUGCAGGUCAUCCUAAACAAGGACACUCCUCUCUCGUGCGAGCCCACAUUGUUGCCUGAACCGAACCACGUGAUGCUGAAUCACUUGUAUGCGCUGUCCAUCAAGGAGGGGGUCAUGGUGCUGAGUGCCACACAUCGCUACCGCAAGAAGUACGUGACGACGCUGCUCUACAAGCCCAUUUAGACGGUGGCCAUCCGUCUGUUUAGCUGUAAGAAUCUGGUUUAAAUGAGUGAGUGUUCAUGGUAAUCCAUGUUCACUCAUAUCUCGCCUGUCAAAUCGCAUGGGAUGUGUAUUUUAUUUGUUCUCUUUAUUAAGCGUUGUAUUUUUUAUUAGUUAAAUAUACGGAGUUUGUAAAAAUA